UUUUUCAGUUUGAGCACAGCGCUAGCCGGUGACGGGUGAUGAUAGUAAUACGUAGUAAUAAGUCGGCGAUCCGAAAAGUCUGCCAUAGAGAGAAUUGCAGCAACUAAAAAAAAUGCAACUGCUUGCAAAUGUUGUGCAAAGCAAGUGACCAAACAGCUAUGUAAAAAAAGUGAAUCAAUACGUAUAAGUGUAAACUAAGUCAGCAGCCAUAUUAUUAUUCUACUACUAGCCAGAACUCUGUUCCUGCUUUUUUGUUGUGUUUUUUUUCCUUGACACUGCUGCCGACUACUGUCUGGUCGUGGGAUCCUGUUGAAGAACUUUUGCUUCCGCAAAUACGAGACCGAAAAUCGAUAAUUUCGUGCUGUAUAAGUUACGGCGAAAGGUGCUCGGCUCGGCUUGGUUCGGUUCGGUUCGGCUCAGCUCGGCUCUUGGCACGAAUAAACAUAUGUAUAUGUAAAGAGGCAAUCUUCUUCUUCUUGCUUUUGUUGCCGUUGUUGUUGCUGUGGGUGGUGCAAAAGCAGUGUAGAUUACAACAAAACGCCGCGCAUGAAACGUGAUUGAAAUUAUUGCACAAAAAGGAAACGGCGCUUACACGCGCCAAACAGGCGCGCGUAGGCGGCAACAGUGAAAGAACGAGAAAGAGACGUCGAGAAAGAACGAGAGUCAGAGAGGUAGAGAGAAAGAGUAAGGGUUAGCGUAAGCGAGUGAGUGAGCGCGCAAUCGAGCUGUCGCGUAAAUCAGGAAGCAAAGUAAAGAAAAAAAUAACAAACAAAAAUACAUAUACUAAUGGCGAAUAAAUAGAAACCGAAAACGAGUGUAAAACGUAACAGCACAAAAAGUACUAGCAUGUAGUAAUAGUAGUAGGAAUUAGAGUGAGAGGACCCCACGGACACCCUGUACACACACAUUCAGAAACGUACAAAAGGUGUUGGAAAGGGGGCGUCGCAGUCGCAGUCGCAGCUGACGCCGACGUUAUCGUAGUAGUAAGUUUUUCUGUGUUGCGGGUGCAGCGUCGCGUAAACACGAACGUGUGUGUGCGCUCUAGUGCGCGAGUGUGCGAGUGCGUGUGGAAUGUGUAAUAAAUGAAACAAAGCACACAGCAAAAAAUCAUGAUAAAGUUUGUCAGGCACAAAAAUCGCGAGAAUUCAUUAAAGGCAUCGAAAAAUUUUCUGCGUAAAAAGCGUGAAUCGAAUGAUUCUGGCACCGAAUCUGAUGGUGAACUCCUCGAUGUGGAAAACAAACGUCACUUAGACGUGGAUAUGGAAACUAGCUUGAGUUCCUGUACGGAUGCUAACUCACCUACUACCGAUACUGCAUGCUCAUCCGAGUCGUCUGCGAUCGCUGCUGCUGCCAUGAUGUGUCACCAUCAGACAUCGUCGUCGUCAUCCUGCGCCCAUUUCAUGUACGAUCAGCAUAGUUCGGAGGAGGAGCUGGAGGUGAUCAAUGGGCCGUCAGCGGUAGCCGCUGCCGAGGCAGCUGCAGCGGCAGCGGCGGCGCUAACAGCAACAAAUGCCGGCGGCGGUCCAGGGGCAUCGUCGUCCAGCGUAUCGCGUCUAUCAAAUCGAGGCUGCAGUUCGUCCCUGGACACGGAGGCGCCAUACGAUGAGCGAGCCACGACAUCCAAUUCGAAGCGUUCCAGCUCGACGCUAAUGGUUGAGAAUCGCAAGCGUUCGCUGGCCCAUAGCUCCGACGAUGAGUUGCGCAACUCGCUGGAGCCAAUAUUGACGCCCGUGAAUUUUCGCACAUCGCCGCCAUUGGAGGCAUUUAAGCCAAAUCGUAGCCAUAUGAUGUUCCGCUCCACAACGCCACUGAUAUUAUCGGAGGCCAGAUGUGGCAUCGAAAAUAUUAAAUUAUGUGAUAAUAGUGUAAAUGAGGAGAACGGCGACGGUAACAACAGCAACACCAACAACAAUAGCAACAGCAGCAAAUGCGCCAAAUUUGGAGUUGGCUCUGGAGCUGGAGCCGGCAACGAGGGCAACGAGAACGAACCGAGCGCUAUAAAGGCGUGCAGCAGCUCAUUGAAGAUGAGCAACAGUUCGCAUCAUAUUUACCAGCCGCAGCCCAAAUAUAGUUUCCAUUAUAAUAGCUCGAGAAGCAGUCCGGCCUCCACAACCGGCUUGGAUAUGGAGGUGCGCUCGGUUAGUCCGCCCGCGAAAUUAUUUCAUUGCGCCAUUUCGCCGCAUCGUCGUCCCAGCAAUAAUGUUGCCAGCACCGGCACAGCAGUAGCAACAGUUGGUGCUGCUGGUGGUGGGGAUGCUGGCGUUACUGUUGCUGCCGCCACACAGAGACUGCAGCGACCCCAUAGGCCGUGUUUAGAUUUUGAUAAGAUGCAGCAGGUGAGUCUCUAAUGCAGAGCGCGCUAACAGCGAAUUAAAAGGAAAAGGCAAAUCAAAGACUUUUUAUACAAACAACAACAACCCAUUCACAACAACAACAACUGCAAACUGUAAAAACGUACCUAUGCAGCCAGUGUUGAUUAACGCUCACUGGCCCCACAAUUAGGCGCACAGAACCCGAUCAAACCGGCCUGCGACACAGGCAGGCAGCCAGCAGACAUACAAUAAACAAAAGGCAAAACAACAAACAACAACAACAAACAGCAGCAACAACAAACAAAUAUCAUCAAAUCAAAUUAUGUAAAGCUAAAAGUAAUUCAAGUUUUAAAACAAACACAAAAAAUAUGCUAAAAGAAAAUUAAUAACUAAACAAUAGAAGCAGCUAUUUUUUCACAAUUUUAAAACAACAAAUAAUAAUAAAAAAUAAAAUAAAUAGAGCAGCAGUAAAACAAAAUCCUGGUAAAGUUGGCAAAGUUUAGAUAUAUAUAUAUAUAUAUAUAUAUAUAUAUAUAUAUAUAUAUAUAUAUGUGUUUGUAGUUGCUACAGAACUGUAAAUAUUGUAUUUGUGUGCAGCAAAUAGAAGGCGAGAAGAGCAAGAAGCAGAAGAGGUGAAGAAAUCAUUUUGAAAUUUGGCUAAAGCUACAUUUAUUAGCAAGUAUUUUAAUAUUUUUAAAUGUGUUUGUCAGUCAGCCAAACUAAAAGAAAACAACAAAAAAUAAAUAUUAAAAUAAAAAAAAAAAAAAGAAAUUGUGGUGUGAUUGUAGAACGAAGACUCAAAACAAAAACAAAAAUAUUAAAAAACUGAAAAAAUUAUAUUUCUAUAAAAAUUGUGUAAAAUGCAAAGCAAAAAAAAAAAAAAAAAAAAAAAAAAAAGAGAACAACUUAAGAAGCAGUAAGUGUGAGGAUAGCGGGCAAUGAGAAAAUAGCGUAGCAAACACUGGGGACAAACAGAAAACAGCAACAGGCAACAAUAGCAAAAGAAAACAACAAAAAUGAAAAUAUUAUAAAAUAAAAACAAAAACAAUAAACAUUUUUGUAUUCAAAACAUUCAAACCACAAACUCAGUUGAGCAGUUAAUAAAACGAAAUACAGUUGAAUGUGUUGAGUGUACAAGAUUAAAUAGCAAGCUAUUUUAUAAAAAAUAAUAAGAGAGAAAAAAAAUUAAUACACAAAACAAAAGAUAUAUGUAAUACCAAAAAGCUGCCAACACAAGAAAAAAAAACAAUACGAUUUUUGGUUGAUUGAUUGAUUAAUUGAUUGAGCUAAGCGCAACAAAAUAGUCAAAGAAGAAGAACAAGUAAUCAAUAAUUAAUAAUUGGCGAACAAGAGCAAAUAAAACAUUAAGUGUAUUAGUAAAGCAGCAUUAACUUUUCUUUAACAAUUUAUGUAAGCAAAACAAAAAUGGUAAAAAAAAAAAAACGAAAAUCCAAGAUACCCAAAAAACAAAAAAAUAAUAAAAAAAAAUAAACCCAAUAUUAAAUUUAAAAGCAACAUAACAGUAAAUUUUUGUGUGCAACCAUAGCAAAGAUGCAGCAGCUGCAGGACAUACAUUUUUAA